UCGUACCAUACUACCAUAAAUACUUCUAUAGAAAUAAAAUAAAAAUUGUUUUCAUAUUGUGUCGUAUACAGCCAUAAAUUAUGACUACGAACUACGAAUUAUAUUGUCUAAAUACGAUUCGCGGACUCGAAUCUCAAAGAAGUGUGUUCGCCGAUAAUAUAACAAGUACUAUAACAAUUAUACCUACUAGUUACAUAAUAAAGUAUAAUAUGAAUAUUAUUGAUGUAGUCACAAUUAAGGCACUUAUGCAAAUAUUUUUUAUUCCAAAUUCCACACGAGGCCAAGAGAAUAACGAAAAUUGCCUAAAUAAACAUUUGUAUAGAAAGCUAAUUAUUAGUAAAGCGUGGUACCGGUGUAAUUAUUAUAUUGGACUGAACGCUAAAGAAAAUGCGUCACAUAUUUUAUAAAUACAAUAUAGUAUAAUAAUGUGAGUUAGUGACUCACUGCGUAUUUCACGAAAACGCGAGACCAGUUGUGAUGUUUGGACUAAGACAGCUGCACUGUAGUCUUAAUAAUCUUGUUUAUAUUUUCGUCUGCGUUCCAAAGAUGCAUUUUGUCUGCCGACAACCACCUUUGACCUGACCAUAAUCUGAAUUUUCGAACUUCCUUAAGGUAUAUAAAAUCAAUUGCGGUACUCAACUGAUCAUUAGUUCAGGUAAAUUCACCGCAACCAGUGAGAGGAUGAACACUGCCGGAGAUAUGGUAGCCCCCGCAGACGUGGACUCCGCGGCUAACACGAUGAUGGAGACCGAUCUCAAUUCAGUAGACAAAAAUAAACAAGACAGGGUGAAUGAUUUGAGUUCUCUCGAACCAGUAAAAAUUAAUAUUAUAUGGGGAAUUGUAUUAUUCUUUGUUGCUGGUCAUUUGUCAGCUAUUUAUGGAUUAUACUUAGCAUUUACAUCAACAUCAUUACUCACAACAAUAUUUGGAUUAUUUUCAUGGAUAUUAUCAGGAUUAGGUGUAACUGCUGGACUUCAUCGUUUAUGGUCACAUAAGUCAUACAAAGCAAAAUGGCCUUUACGAUUUAUUUUAAUGUUGAUGAGUACCAUGGCAUUUGAGAAUCAUAUUUACGAGUGGUGUAUGGAUCACCGAAUUCAUCACAAAUACACAGAUACAAAUUCAGAUCCACAUAAUGCUAAGAGAGGAUUUUUUUUCUCACAUGUUGGAUGGCUUGUAGUUCGUAGACACCCAGAUUAUUAUGAUAAAUGUUUAAAAAUUGAUAUGUCAGAUUUAAAAAAGGAUUCUAUUGUUAUGUUUCAAAAAACAUUUUAUGUUCCAUUACUAUUAUUGUUUUGCUUUAUCCUUCCCACAGUAAUUCCUGUUUAUUUUUGGAACGAAAGCUAUGUUAAUGCAUUUUUUACUUCAACGAUGCUACGUUAUAUUUUCACUUUAAACAUGACAUGGUUAGUCAACAGUGCUGCUCAUAUCUGGGGUAAACGUCCCUAUGAUGCAUCCAUUAAUCCGUCUGAAAAUCUAUCUGUGUCCCUUGGAGCUUUAGGCGAAGGAUGGCACAAUUAUCAUCAUGUUUUUCCAUGGGAUUACAAAGCGGCUGAACUUGGAAAUUACAGAGCAAAUUUGACUACUGCAUUUAUAGACUUUUUCUCACUUAUUGGUUGGGCAUAUGAUAUGAAAACUGUCUCAAAUGAUAUGGUUUUAAAACGAGCCAACAGGACAGGAGAUGGUUCACAUCCUGAUGGAGAUGGAAUUUGGGGAUGGGAUGAUUCUAACAUUUCAAUUGAAGAUCGAAAAUUAACAACUGUCAUUAAUAAGAAAGAUGAUUAAAAAAAAUAGUCAAGUUAUUUUUAUACCUUCUGGCGCCUAGCCUUUAUUAUUAUAAAAUGUAACUUAUAAUUUUCAAUUUAUAUUAUUGUAU